AACACUCCACAGUAACAGCAACUAGUUAUAGCGCCUUACUGCUGGUUGGAUGAGUUCUUAGUACACCGCAAUUUACACAUAUUAAGUAAAGACACAAGACUCGCUCGCCAUGUCAUCAUUCCGGUUGCAGUCUGGUGAUUCUGGGUUCAACAGUCGUGUAGACGCGCUUUUCAGCUCCUUGCAAACUGUGGCAGUGGACUUGGAGGCUCAGCCGAGGGUUACUACUGAAGAGGAUGAAGGUAACGAGGACAGGGACAGAGAUGUGUUUCGUAAACCUCUAGGCACAGCUGUUGGUUGGCGUGGACGGGGAGGAGGCCCCAGGGGCCGUGCUCCCAGAAACACCACUCCGGACUAUGUAAAAAAUCCACAAAAAUGGACCCGAUACAACAUGAAGGAUACACAGCUCCUCAGUGAUAGGGAGAAUAAGCAGGUAGGACUCGAGUUGUUUGAUGAACUACGGACACGAAGAAUCCAGGAAGAUGAGAAUAAGGAGGGUGAGUGUGGCGUUAGUGACGAAGGUGGUAGCGAGGCCCCAAAAAUAGUGUUCAAGAAACCAACAAAAUCAGCAGAUGCUGACAUAAUUGAUGAUGAGGAUGAUGGUGACCAGCCAGAGAAUUUAGCCAGUGCUUACUUUGGGGGGGCUAAGAAGUUGAGGAUGCAGGAGUAUGUUGUCGGAAAACCAUCCCGUAAACGCAGUUUAAAGAAAAAUGAUAGUUCAAGUUUAGGAGAGGCAGUGAAGGAAAGUUCCAAUAAGCAGAUAAAACUUGGCCAUCUUAUGUUUGAAGAUGAGGAGGUCUAGGACUUUAAAUUUGUUGCAAUAACCCCAUGUGCCGAAGGCAAAAUUGGGGGACAGAUGCUGCUAGCGCGUGAUGUGUGUGUAGUGGGAAACAGUAAUGAGUUUUUUCAGACUUUCAGAAACCAGUCAAAACAUUUUAAUGUUAUUUAGCAUGACUGCCAUGGUUACCUUGAGGUG